AUGGCUGAAAAACAAAAAACAUUUACCCUUUUACCUAAAAUACUCAAUGGAAAUAUUGCUGCAUUCAUAGGCAUAUGUUGUGUUUUCCCAUUAGAUCUUGUAAAAACAAGAAUGCAGAAUCAAGUUAUCGGCCCAAGAGGAGAACGAACAUAUUCAAGCAUAUUAGACGCCCUUGUAAAAACGUUUAGAAGAGAAGGAUUUUUUGGAAUGUAUCAAGGUUCAUUAAUAAACGUUAUAUUAAUAAUGCCAGAAAAAGCUAUAAAAUUAGCAGCCAACGAUAUGUUUCGGUUCCGUUUAAAAAAGGCUGAUGGUUCGUUGCCAUUGUCUAGACAAUUGUUGGCUGCCUGUGGUUCUUCUAUUUCUGUAACAGUUUGUACACCAAUGGAACUUAUAAAAAUUCAAAUGCAGGAUCAAGGAAGAUUAGCUUCCGGUAAAGCUACUACAACUCAAGUUAUUAAGCAGAUAGUGAAAAACGAUGGAAUAUUCGGGCUUUAUAGAGGACUUGGUCCAACAAUACUACGAGAUAUUCCCUUUUCAAUGACAUAUUUCACGAUUUUUUUUAAUGUAAGAGAACUUUGUCCGUUACAAGCUGAUGGAGAUGCAAAGCCUUGGUGUUCGUUUGCAGCAGGUUUACUUGCAGGUGGCGUUGCUGGUUUAACCGUUACUCCUUGUGAUGUUAUUAAAACUAGAAUUCAAACAAUUAAAAAAGGGAAAGGAGAAGAAAAAUAUUCCGGCAUAUACGAUGCUUUUAUAAAAAUUAAGAAUAAAGAAGGCUGGAAAGCAUUUUUUAAAGGAGGAGCUUGCAGAAUCAUGGUAAUAGCUCCUUUGUUUGGGAUAACUCAAGUAGUGUAUUAUCUCGGGAUUGCAGAAUAUCUGUUAGGAAUAGAAAAACAUACCUAA